UGAGUGAGUGUGGGUGUGUGGGUGUGAGUGAGUGUGAGUGAGUGUGUAAAGCCUACCUUGGGAUGAGCAGAGAGGAGAGUUUGGAGCUGUUUCUCAGUCGCAGUGAUUAUUUGUUUGUUUGUUGCACCGCCUGAACACUGAUGGAUCCUCACAAAGAGACCUGAGAGCAAGAAACCAACCGAGAGAGAGAGGGAGAGAGGGAGAGGGAGAGAGAGCUUUUUAUUUGGGAAAAGUGCCAAGCGAGGGAGAAUCAUUCCGCUUCGGGAAAAACACAGGCGUGAAGCAGAGACUCUGUUGCUGCUGCUGGUGGCGCGGUGGGGCAAGGAGUGAGAGGUUUAUUUUUGGAGCUGCAAAGCAACACACAAGCCAACAGCGAAAGGCAAAUAGCUUUGGUGGUGGUGGUGGUGGUGGGGAGGGAGCAGAUGCAAGAUGGGGACUCUACCAGAGACGCGUAGCUCUCAAGCCGUCCAGAGGAUUACAGGUUCAGCCCAGACAGAAACACCAGGCGUUCACAGCAGCCGACACGCAAGCCCGACGCAGCUCGAGACUCCAAUCUCGUUCCCCGGCCAAAAGGAGACCUCCUUCGCCCAGGACACCACCGCCGGUCCCGCAGCCAGAGCCGGCAAGGCUACAGGCUGUAAGGAUCCCAGCCCGUCUCCCGUGGGAUUCGGCCGGCAGGGAAAAAUUCCGGAAGAAUCCGGCUUGAUCUCGGACCAGAGGCUUGGCAACACCACUCCAGUCCCUGGAGAAGAAAUCGCCGCGGGCUCUCGGGUCGAACCCUUCCUGGUGGGCGUUUUGCAGGCGGAGCAGGAACACCGGGAGGAGGUCAUAAAAGCAGAGAGGAGAGUGUGUUCUGCCUCCAACAGCAGCAGCAGCAGUAGCAGCAACAGCACCGACCUGCGGCCAUCACCCCCAGACCACAGCAGUCUGAGAGACCAAGGAGAAAAGUCCAAGAGAGAGGAGCCACAGUGUGUCCAGCCUGGGGUACACCCUCUCCCUCCUCAGCCUGGGAACAGUCAGGUCACCUCCAGAGGCAAACAGGGGGCUCCGCAGCCUCAGACCCAGACCCAGACUCGUUCUGUCCUGGGACCAGAAGAGACAAAGGCUGGUUUGGGGUCGAGCAGGGAAUUGGCCAGUCAAGACCUCCCGCCUGGGUCUUUGAGUCUCUCGGAAGCAGUCGCAAAGCAGCCAGAAAGCGACCCGCAGCCUCCGGCUCUGAAGCUGGAGCCGGGCUCCGUCUCUUCCCAAACCCCGAGCCUGCGAGAGAAGUCGGCGGAUGGGAGCGAAGUGGGAUUGGGAAUGAUGCCCGUUGCGGAGCCCACCCCGGCUCGCCUGGAGACCGAAGCCCAACGAGUGGCACCCGAGCCAGUCGGCCUCUCCGCCUGCCGGCAAACCCCAGAGAGGCCCCACCAGCAGAGGCAACCUGCAGUGCAGGCGGUGCCGAGCUCCCCGAGGAAGCCGGGGGAGCCCACCAGCCCGGCGGGGGCCGGGGGCCACCCGCGCCCGCAAGGCAAGUUCAAAGACGCUGAGACCAUGACGAGCAACCACUUCCCGGGCACCUCCGGCUCUUGCGCCCCCGCCAAGUCCUGCCGGGACGCCGAGGUCCAAGCUGUGCUGCAAAGCUUCCAGUUUAAAUCCACCGCCACCAGCCCCAAAAGCCCGGCCGGCUACCUGCUGAGCGACAGCAAGGCUCCCGUGCAACCACCCCCCGCGCACUGCCUCGACCUCAACCGGGCUGGACCGACGGGCGCGAGUGCCACGUCGGGUCAAUCGCCGGGCACUGCCGGGGAAUCGGAUGAACUGAAAGUGAUCUGCACCUUCGCAGCAGGGUGCGAGCACUCCAGCGUGGUCUAUGAGGUCAGGGAGGGUUCCCAGCAGCUCCCAUCGGCAAGGGAAGCUAAACCCCAGCCCCUUUCGGCGGAGGUGGUUUCCGGAGGGAAGGGUGAGGGUCAGCCAAAGGUCCGCAAAGGGUCUCCAGGCCACCCUGGGACCACCUGCCACAAGGGAAGCGAUGCGACCACAGAGGCUCAAGCUCCGGACCCUGGUGUGGCUCCAGCCAACAGUUCCAAGGUGCCAAAUGACCAGGGAAGCACCAGGGAUGUGAAAGGUGCUCCCAGCGCCCGUGCGGGAUACGGAGCAACAAUGCAGUGUGUUCCCGUUGCCAGUGCAGCUGACCGCAAUGUUACCAGCACAUUGGCGCAAACCAAGCCAAUUGGGGACUUGAAAUUGGAGACUGACCGCCCAAAGACUAUUCCUGACUUAAACAAAGAGCGUGGUCAGACAGGGGACUCUUGUGUCAGGAGCCAGCCAUCUGAUGCAUCGAAUAUCUGCCGAGAACCAAACCAACCGAAAGCCGAUGGUGAUGUGGCCAAGGAAAGUGAACAAAAAUCCAAAUCUGUUCACAACAUUGGUACCAAAUCUGACCAGUCAAAGACUGCUCUGGGCAUCCAGAAAGAUUUGUGUCUUUCGAAAACCACGUCAGUAAGUGCCAGUAAGGAGUCGGGCAAAUCACCACCCGCUCAAAAUAUGGGUAAGGAACCGUCGCCCUCCAAAACAACUCAAGAAGUCCACAAGGAAUCCAGCCAGCCUCAGGCUUCUCAAGACACCACUAAGGGAGUUAAUCAAACCAAAACUGCUGGGGAUGCCAAUAAGAAACCAGCUCCCUCUGUAGCUGUCCAUGACGCCAGUAAGAAAUCUGCCAAGUCACAAGCCUCUGACAACACCCGUGUAGAGUCUGGGCAGUCGCGAGGUAAGGAAUCUGUUCAGGCCAAAACGGGUGUUGAUCCCAGUAAGGGAUCCAGCGAGUCCAAAGCUGGACAAGACACCAAUAAGGCAUCGAGCCCUUCAAAAGUUGUCCAUGGCACCAGUAAGGCAUCGAGCCCUUCAAAAGUUGUCCAUGGCACCAGUAAGGCAUCGAGCCCUUCAAAAGCUGGACAGGAAACCAAUAAGGCAUCGAACCAGUCAAAAGCUGCUUCUGAUAUCAACAACACAUCUGGCCAAGUUGCAGUCUUGGAUGACCACAAAAAGAAAUCGGGCCAAUCAAAAGCUGGUAAUAACAGUAACAAGAAACCGGACAAACCUCCGUGCACCAGUAAGCAAUCAAGCACGCUGCUCUCUGGCAAACGGAAGUCCGCUCCGAACGCCAAGACGAAAAAGAAGCAGUCGGCCAGCAAUUCUAACGAGGACUCAAAACAAUCGAAGAAUGUUCGAGAUGUGAUCUGGGAUGAGCAAGGGAUGACCUGGGAAGUUUACGGUGCCUCGAUGGAUCCCGAGUCGCUGGGGUUCGCGAUUCAGAGUCACUUACAGAAGCAGAUCAAGGAGCACGAGAAGCUAAUCAACGUGAACAUUCAGAGCAAAAGAUCAAUGUCAUUGGAUGCGACGCCUGUAAGUAAAAAAGCCAACAAAAGGAGACAGCAAAAUGUCUUCAGGACAGUUCUGCAAAAUAUCAGGUCCCCACAGUGCUGUGUGCGCCCUCAACCAUCCUCUGUGAUUGACUGAUGUGAAGCGUAGUAAUCAAUGUCUUACCCAAAACACACCACAAACUGUUUGCAACCGAAUAUUUUUGUUCCGGAUCCGUGUCGUCUGUAGACGGGUGGCACCUCCCUACAGAUUUUGUUUUUCCGACCUCGUUCAACAGAAUUCUACAAUGACUAUUCGACAUAUUGGAACGUUCUAUACCAACCACAGUUGGUUCAAGACCGACGACCACCACUCAGAUUGUGCUAUUACACAGGAAUCGGUUAUUAUUUUCCGGUCAAAUGAACGGCUUGUCUUGGUGUCGCGAAAAAAAAAAAAGUCGUCAAGAUUUAUUCACCGCAAGAUACUGCGGAGUCUCUUGCACCGAAAACAAAACCCGCGUCACUGUCUUGGGGUCGACCGCUAUCGCAGGAAGAAUCCGAAGUGCAUGAAACUGUUUGAGAUAUUUUAAUGUUUGUCAGUAUGUUGAGGGAGGAGAGCAGAACUGUGUAUGUGACACCAGGUUUUGCGUUUGGUAUAUAAAUUACCCUGCUACAAUCAAGUAAGUAUUGAUUUAUUUUGCAAUAACAACAACAUUGCCAUUGUCCAGUGCGUAGUCCUAGAAGUACAAGUUGUUAAUGGGCUUUCUGGCUUCUUCGAGGAAAGAAAGCCACUACCUUAGAUACAGGAUUUAUUUGGGACGCAGCUUGCUUUGGUACAUCAUUUUCAAGUUAGAUUAAAUGUGGCUAAUAUACUGUAUUUGUUCAAUCAAAAUACUUUAUAUUGUGUAAAUGUACAACGAGAAAUAGCAAAAUGAUGCAUUCUAGCUUAUUCUGCUGUAACCACUAGACCAACUAGAACUGUCAAGUUAUGUUGCCAUCUUCUUUGUAUGACAUAGACGUCAAGUAUUUGCUGUCCCGUCUUUUACAAAGCUCAAACACUGUUUAAUAUUAAAUUUACUUUUACUUUCCUAUAUAAUAUAUAUAUCUUCUCUACUUGCAGUAAUGGGCUGAUCUAGAACAAAAGUAACGAUGACUUUUUUUAAAAUUUGUGCGCCCUUUACCUUAUAUCACUGUCCAAAUAUAUUUUGAUUUAGAACGUGGUGAGAUGCUCAUGUCCUUUUCCUUACACUUGUUCAUGUGAAAGUUGGUAAACAUAUAAAGCCAA